AUGGCGAUAUCUCUUUCUUGGUCCUCCGCUUUCCGUACCCUAUUCCUCAUCCUCCUUGUCACCGCCAUUUCUCUCGCCUUCAUCAGCCUUCCCUUAGAGAAGUUGCUUAAAGAUUUUCUGCUAUGGGUGGAGAAAGAUCUGGGAUUUUGGGGUCCUCUUGUGCUAACUGUGACCUAUAUUCCUCUAACAAUCUUGGCAGUUCCUGCAUCUAUACUCACGCUUGGAGGUGGCUAUCUAUUUGGCUUGCCUGUGGGAUUUGCUGUUGACUCCAUUGGUGGAACUGCAGGUGCUACAGCUGCAUUCUUACUUGGAAGAACCAUUGGAAGAUCUUAUGUGACGUCUAUUUUGAACAAAUUCCCCAAGUUUCAAGCAAUAGCUAUAGCAAUUGAAAGAUCUGGCUUUAAGAUUGUUCUGCUUCUUCGAUUAAUUCCAUUACUUCCAUUUAACAUGUUGAAUUAUCUGAUUGCUGUUACUCCAAUUAGCCUUGGAGAAUAUGUGCUGGCUACUUGGAUUGGAACUAUGCCGCAAACAUUUGUGUUAGUCUAUGUGGGGACGACUCUGAAGGACUUGUCGGAUAUCACGAACCAUGACUGGAGCGAGUUUUCGUUGACUCAUUGGAUGGUUCUAGCAGUUGGCUUCACAGUAUCAGUGAUGAUAAUGAUAUACAUAAGCAGAUUGGCAAAGUUGUCAUUAGAGAAUGCGCUUAUUACGGGAAACAUGAACAAUUCUCACUCACCACAGCUCUCGUCAAUUUUAACAUUGUCAUAUUCAUCUUCAGAUCUUCACAAGCCUCUCUUAACCAUGCAAGAAACGCCUGCAGAAAACAUAGUGUGA